AUGUCAAAAUCGCCAAGAAGAACCAACACCAUCAACAAAUUCACCUUCACCCGCCCCGGCGACGUCGUAUACGAGUUUCCCAAAUACACCUCCGCCUCCUGCAAAGUCCGCAUCACUCUACCUCCAGGCAGCACCUGGACCUCAGGCCCACACUGGCACGAAAAGCGCGUCGAAUACUUCCGCGUUGUGCAAGGCGCCGCCUGGUUCACCCUAAACGGUGAAUACAAAGUCUAUCGGCCGUCGGACGGCAACGUGCCGAUCCCAUUAUUCACGGUCCAUGAAUGGGGUCGGGCUCCUGAGCAAGAAGAGGGGGAUUUGAUUGUGGAUGAGUGGACAGCGCCGGCGGAUUCGUUCAAGAUUGCGUUCUUCCGUAACUUGAACAGUGUCAUUCUGGAUGAGACGAGUGAUGGGAAGACACCGCCGAGGAGUGAGUGGUGGUUGACGUUGCAGCUGUGGGUGAUUUGCCAUGGGUUGGAUAAUUGGCCUGUGUUUUGUAGAGGGUUGUUUGGCGUGCAGUGGGUUGUUACGCAUGUGUUUUUGGGUUUGGUUGCGUUGGUGGGUUCGGCGGUCUGGGGGUUGAGGGCUGCUUAUGAUGAGUAUACGGCACAGGGGAUUAAGGAUGUUAUUCGAGCUGCUAAGGAGGGGAAGAGGGUGAAGAGAAGAGGUGUUGAUUGA